UCAUCUUCUUCUCCAUCGUAUACACUUGUUCAACGCUCGCGCAAUUCGAUUCAUCACUUCCUCCAUUUCCGCCAUUUCUUUCCCCACCGAUCUCCGAUUCUCACCCCGAUUCCAUCAAUGGGUUAAUCGAAAACACACAAACCCUCCUCCGACGACGUUUCAAAGCCUAGACCUUUUCUGAUUGCGGUAAGAACGAGAAAAGUUUACUCCUUUACCACUCUAGACCCCUCUUCUCCGUCGAUCCUGUAAUGGGCAACCCUAAAGGCCCUCUCUUUCCCGACGAGGUGAUCCUCCAGAUCCUCGCUAGGUUACCCGUUAAGUCCCUCUUCAGGUUCAAAUCCGUUUGCAAAGCUUGGUGCUUGUUACCUUCCGACGGUUACUUCGUCACCCUUUUCAAUCAAGUCUCUGUAAAAGAGCAAACGCUCGUCGCCGAGGUAUCGGACUCCUCCACCUUGAUCUGCGUUGAUAAUCUCAGAGGCGUCUCUGAGUUCUCGUUGGAGUUUCUUAGAGACAGAGUGAGAAUCAGAGCUUCGUGUAAUGGAUUGUUGUGUUGCGCUAGUGUUCCUGAGAAGGGUGUUUAUUACGUUUGUAACCCUUCGACUAGAGAGUUCAGGAUGUUGCCUAGGAGUAGAGAGAGGCCCGUGACAAGGUUUUAUCCGGAUGGGGAGGCGACUCUCGUUGGUUUGGCGUGUGAUGUAAGUAAGAAGGGUUUCUAUGUGGUGAUGGCUGGUUACCAUAGGUCGUUUGGGCAUAGACCUGACGGGAGUUUCGUUUGUUUGGUGUUUGACUCGGAGAGUAAUAAGUGGAGGAAGUUUGUUUCGGCGUUGGAGGGUUGUGGUGGUUUCACGCAUAUGAGUAAGAACCAGGUUGUGUUUGUUAACGGGAAGCUUCAUUGGUUGAUGAGCGGUUUGUGUUAUGUGCUUGCGCUUGAUCUUGAACACGAUGUUUGGAGAAAGGUUUCUUUGCCUGAUGAGAUCAGUUGUGGUGGGAAUAGGGUUUAUCUCCUGGAGUUGGAUGGGUUUUUGUCUGUGAUUCAGCUGUCUGAUGUGUGGAUGAAGAUCUGGAAGAUGAGAGAUUACGAGAGUGAGGUUUGGAGUGUUGUUGAUAGCAUAAGUUUGAGGUGUAUCAAAGGAUUGGUACCUGGAAUCUUCCCGAUUUGUCAGACGGGUGAGUAUGUGUUCUUGGCUACUCAUAAGCAAGUUCUUGUGUAUCAGAGACGGAGUAAGUUGUGGAAAGAGAUGUUUUCUGUAAAAGGAAGCUAUUCUCUGCCUUUGUGGUUCUCAGCUCACGCCUUUCGCAGCACCAUAGUGCCUUGUAAUUAUGCUCUAUAGUAUAGAUGUAUGUUUAUGUUGCAUUUUCUACAUUUUUCUUUUGUUUGUUUUCUUGGAUCCUUUAGGAUUUGUGAAAAUUGGUUCAAGGUUUUUAUAUCCCUCAAUAGAAACGGUUAUAUGAAAUAGUUUGUAAUCAAUGUUAAAAAAAAAAGAUAGUACG